CGCUCGAGGCAUUAUAUUAUGUUCGUGGUGUUUUUCUAUGCCGGCCAUAGUCACAAAAUUUAUACAAAAUCACUCACUUCGCACAAGCCGUAAAGAUGUCUACUCCAAAACGGUCCGUUCUCAUCACUGGCUGCUCGGACGGCGGCAUGGGUAGCGCCCUCGCUGUCGCUUUCCACAAAGCCGGCUUCCAUGUUUAUGCUACAGCACGAAAUCCGUCUAAAAUGACAGAACUUUCAUCGCUAGAGAUAGAUACUCUCCAGCUGGAUAUACAAUCGGAAUCCUCAAUAGCUAAUUGUGUCAGCAAGGUCCCGUCGCUGGACAUUCUUGUCAACAAUGCUGGACUCCAGUUCACGAUGCCGAUUGUCGAUAUCAACAUCGCCGAGGCAAAGAAGUUGUACGAUUUAAACGUAUGGAGUCAUAUCGCCAUGGUCCAAGCUUUCCUGCCGCUACUGCUCAAGUCCCCCAACGCCGUCAUCGUCAACCACACGUCGGUCGUGGCUAAUAUCGCGAUACCAUUACAGGCUGUCUACAAUUCUUCCAAGGCGGCUCUCGCUAUGCUUACCGACUGUCUCCGGCUUGAGCUUCAGCCAUUCGGGAUUCAAGUCGUCGACCUAAGGACUGGAAUCGUCAAGACCAAUUUGACCAAAAACUUACAGGACAACAGCAACCCGAAGCUUCCCAAGGGCUCGAUAUACGAGCCUGCUAAGGAAGUUGUAGAAAAGGCGCUGCGCCAAGAAGGCUUCGAGGGUAAGGGCAUGCCGGCGCAUCAGUGGGCGGAGCUGGUGGUGCGGGACUUGCAGAAAAGCAAUCCGCCUGCAGUUAUCUGGAGAGGGGAGUCGGCAUGCUUAGUGCGCGCUCAGACGGUGUUGCCAUCUGGGCUGUUUGAUAGUACGGUGAAGAAGAUGGUCGGGUUGGACGUCGUCGAGCAGAUUGUGAAGAAAUGAGAGAGCUUCAUUUCCGGGACUUAAUGCGCUGCGCCGACGGCAUUUCGAUGGCUCUAAAGGCUAAAGAAGACAUGGAAUCCCCUGUACCUGUAGUCCUUUAUUACUUGCUUCUAAUCAUGUGGUAUACCGGGAAUUGGAUUAUACGAAAUUAACAAUUUAGACAUGAAA